AUGUCAAAACUGAGGUACAGCAGUCAUGAUGACAAUGAACCAAUAGAUAGUUUGGUAGAUGGGUUUCGCCGACAACAAAUGGUGAUGUCAACAACUUUGAUAAAUGCAAGUCAAAAUUUAGGUCUGCCUGGUAAAUUAGCGGAGGCGGAGAUGGAAGAAGCUGAGGAACGGGCUAUGUUAGCAUUUAGAAGAAAAAACGAAGCUAAGACACCAUUUAUAGCUACAAACUCCCGCCUUAGUUUGGGAUAUAUCGGAAGAGGUUAUGAUAUAUACAUGGGAAACCCAGUGAGUGACGAUGGUGAAGUUGAUCAAGGUUUCAGACUUCCGGUUUUAGAUUUGCCGUUUUCCUUUCGUUUUACUAGUGAUGGAGGAUACAGAAUUCCAGAUAAUGUCGAUGUGAUUUCUGAAACAAGUGCAUCAUUUGGAUCAUCUUACCAUCAGGUAAAAACAGAAACAGACUAUAAAAGUAUGCUUCAAGUGGAUGUAUCCGUAAAUGCAGCAGCAAGUGGAUUUGGAAAGAGUGGGAGUUUUAGUGCUAGCGCUUCCUAUAAAAAAGCAGUUAAAGAGGUCACUAAAGGAGACACGACAACUUCAGAAAUAGUCGGCCGUGCUAUUGUGUACAAAGCAAGAUUGUCAUCAACAGGGACAAUAUCGAAGCUAAGCGAUUUCUUCGAAGAUAAUAUAAGAGCCUUACCAAGUGAAAAUUGUGAAGAGGACGUGAUACAACAAUUGUACAUCCAAGUAAUCGAACAAUUUGGAACUCAUUAUACAACGGAGGUUGUCAUGGGAGCAAAGGCAGUACAGGAAUUUAAAUUCAAGAACUCAGAUCUCGAUAAAUUUCAGUCAGUUGGCAUCUCUGCCAAGGUAGCAGCUCAGGUGUCGGUCAAUCAGGGAGCCUAUUCUGUAAGUGGAGGCUUUCGCGUAGGCAUUAAAAGCAAUGAAGAAAUGAGAGAAAUGGUAUCAAGUACUGAAAAAGAGCAAAGGGAAUAUUAUAUCGGUGGAAGUCCUCCUUCAGGUGAUUACAGUGCAGGAUCUACUGAAAGUUUAAGAGAAUGGGCAAGAUCUGCAGCUGAAAAUCCUGCACCUAUUCAAUAUAAGCUAUCGUCCAUUGAUUCACUAAUUAGCCCAAAAUACUUCAAAAAGAAAGAAACAGGAUUGUUCGAGAAAAGACAAUGCUUCCGCAAAGCUCUUUUUCGUUACUGUCUCUCAACAAUAGCAGCUAACCAUUGUAGUUUGAAAUCUGAGUCUACCAUUGAUGGCAAUCCAAGUACAUUUAGGGUUGUAAACAUCAGCUAUAGCCCAGUCACAGAUUAUUCCAUCUUCCUAAAGAACGAGCAUGCGUGUUCUUAUCUAAUAACCCUGCGAUCCCAUUGUUAUCACAACGUAGUGAAAUAUUACCAAGUACAAAUGUUAGGUUCUCAAGGUACAACCAGCAAUACUAUAACUGUCGGCAACAUAGAUGAAUGCGUCUGCCCAAAUAAAAGUCCCUGUGGCUCAUUUUGGUUCCAUACUAUCGCAACAGAUCAAGAUAUUGGAGAUAUACACACUGUUCGAAUAACGGGAAAGUAUGGAGAAUCAACAAACGGAAUAUGGGAACUGAAAAUCAAAUCCAUCAUUAAUGAGGAGAAAAGACAGGUUGAUUGGAAUGGGGGUCAAGCAUUUGGUGAAGUGUAUGAAAUUAGAUCCAGUUUGCGGAAGAGUAAAAAGACAAUUGAUCUGAAUUUAUAUCCAGUGCAGUUUACUUUUCAAAGUAGCAAUAGAGCUUACCUUGAAGGACAACCGAUAAAUCUCCGUGAUAAUGGUUUUAUCCAUAUCUUGUCCUCCGUGCCGAGGUCGUCGUUUUGGGACCGAGGCAUGACGCAUGUGGUUAGUUUAGAAGGAAUGGGGGCGAUUGGCAUUAGAGAAAUAGGACCGAAACCACAUAAACCAUUAUCAGCAGUCUGUAAUGACUUGAUAUAUCCAAGCGCAGCAAAUAUCAGCAAACGUUAUGACUUUAAAGAUCGGAUUUUGAUUUCUUACGAUAUCAAAGUUAGAAUAAUGUUCGUUGAAAUACAGACUUCUAGCGCUUUGAAUUUUAGCAUAGCUUACCUAAACGAAGUAAAUGGAACAUUCAUGGAGAUUAAUGAUGUCGAAAGAGCACACAAAUCUACUAUGCAAAAUUUUACCAUAACAGCACAAUUAUAUACCAAAGCUAUCAAAAUUUUCACAACUACAAAAAUAGACAACGGCAAUAAUAUUACAGACAUUGUCAAAAUGAUAGUUGUUGGUGGCUGUCCAACCGCUUUAUUAGACACUGGCGAACCGGAUACAACCACUGAAGAAUGGACAAUGGAACUUAGUGAAAACGUCAUCAUGACUAGUCCGUAUCUUCACGUCAUACCAAGGUCAAGAACGGCUGUAGAUAUAGAAAGUAUUAUGAAAGAAGUUGAAACACCACUGUUUCAGACUUUCUCGUUAGCAUUUCAAUUAAAGGAACCACAAUACGACUGUGCUUUUACUGGAGGAUCAUUGAAGAUUGAUUUACAAGAAAGUGCUGCUGAAUUUAGAUUCAAUAUUUUAAAUAUAACCAAACAUCCCACUAACGAAGGUCAAGAACUGAUUCUCACAAUCGAAAUUAAAUCUUUGAACGAGAAUGAUCUUGAUCGCGGAUUGAUGGCAUUGAACAGUACAAUUAGGUCCGCAAUAAGUAAUCGUGCAUGUUCUGGUCAAAACUCUACAAUCCAGACAGACGCAUUAGAAAAAACGACCGAUUCAGCUUCAUCAACUAUGCCUAAUACAUGGAUCGUAGCCAGUAUUUGUUUCAUUGGUGUUCUUCAAGUCAUAACCUUAUUGUUUUUAGUUGUCAAGACAUUUCGGGAUUCAACAAUCAAAAAAGCUCAGGAACGUCUAUCCCUAUCCAACCCAACACCGACAGAAAAUCCAUCCUAUACAGGAGAAGAUCCUGAAUGAAUCACAAUUUUGAAAAUUUUAGAUUUGCAUUGAUGUUCAAUUCAUUGUUUCAUUUGAUAUAAUCACUUCUAACUAACAUUUAGACAAUGUAUCAAUAUAAUUUUGUAUUGGUUGAAUAACUAAACACUUUGUAUUACAAUAUGAAAUGAUAUAAUCAAAGUUAAAGAUGAUUGUCGAAUUUGGAAAAAAAUAUUUUUAAAACAUUCAAUUUCAUAAUGCAGUACAUAUUUUGGGAAAUGUCAGACCAAUAACUUUUUUUAAGAUGUAUUUCAAAAGAAAAACUUACGACUAGUUGUGACAGAGUAUUUGUUUCACGGAGCAAAUCUAUUUAAGGUGACUUUGAUAAAUUUUUUUUAAACCGGUACUGUUGCCUUUUUGUGUCAAUACCAAGAAACAAAAUGGUUUUGUUUUAUAUAACAAGAGCAACGGGUAUUCAAACUUGUUGUACUGUUACUCCACUGGCCAAGGUUAGGGGAAGGGUUUGGCAUUCAAAGACAUGUUUAACCCCGUCCCAUUCUGUAUACGCCUGUCCAAUCGGGAGCCUGUAAUUCAGUGGUUGUUUUAGUUUUACACAUAAAUCAGGUAGUAAGUUUUCUUGUUUGAAUUGUUGUACAUUUUCGGAUCUAUGCGGUAUGGGUUUUGCUCAUUGUUAAAGGCCGUACGGUUACCUAUAGUUGCUAACUUCUACGUUAUUUAUUCUCUUGUGGAUAGAUGUCUCAUUGGCAAUCAUACGACAUAUUUUUAGAAUGAUCUAUCAGUAGUAUUCAACGUUCUACAUUUUCUAAUUGUUGUGAAUAUUGAUGAGUAACAUGUGCAAUCUAAAAAGUCAAAAUGCGAAUACAUAUGUUCAAACUCUUUUAAAUCAUUUUUAGUAACAACAAACAAAAGAACUAUGUCAAUUGGACCUGCAUUGAUACCAUAACUGCCCUUGAAUGUUUACUAGAUAACAUUUUUGUUCGCUAUGGAGAUUCCGUAUAUCGUCAAGUUAUCGGAUUUCUUAUGGGGACUUACUGUGCACCACUUAUUGCGGACCUAUUUCUGUAUUGUUAUGAGUUACAAUUUAUGAUUAAAAUCAGCAAAGACCCAUCGAAACAACAUCUGAUACAAAAAAUUAUUAAUACUUUUAGAUAUUUGGAUGAUAUAUUGGCUCUCAAUAAUGACGACUUCAGUAUGUACACUAAAGAGAUUUAUCCUGUUGAACUAACAUUAAAUAAAGCUAAUACUAACAAUGACCACUGCCCUUUCCUGGAUCUUGAUAUCUAUAUCAUUAACGGGAAGCUUAAUACCAAAAUUUAUGAUAAGAGAGAUGAUUUUUCAUUUCCUAUUGUUAAUUAUCCAUUUUUAGAUGGUGACGUUCCCUUGUCACCAUCUUAUGGUGUUUAUAUAUCUCAACGUGUCCGAUUUGCUCGUGUAUGUAACAACGAAUUCGAUUCUAACGAAAUAAAUCUAUGUAUUACUGAAAAAUUACACCAGGGUUUUCGAUAUCACAAACUUGUCAAAACAUUUACUAAAUUUUAUCAUCGUUACAAGGACGUCAUUCGUAAAUAUAAAUCAACAUGCAGACAUCUUAUACGUUCAGGUAUUUCACAUCAAAUCGUUUAUGGUAAUAUUCUUUACUUAGCACAAAAAUGUCGGCAUUCACCUCAAAAGCUUACAAAACCUUUAAACAGACUUAUUAAGUAGGGAUAUAGUUACGAUACUGUUGUCAGGUCAUCAACGAUGGCGUAUUUUGGCAUUAAUAUUGAUUCACUUACAGUGUCUUUGCAUCGGAAAUAAACACAUUUAUUCUAAAACCAGUUGUUGUCAUGAUACGGGUUAUGUUCUUCUCAUUUAUUUUAUGAUGGUAUGAUACUAAACCCCUAGCGGGAGGGAUUGUGCUUGAUAUUCAUAUGAUGAAGACAUAAUCUUUCUAUCAGUUUAAUUGAGGUCUGGAGCUGGCAUGUCAGUAACUGCUAGAAGUCCUUAGUUAAUUUAUGUAUCAUUGUCAUUUUGUUUAGUUUCUUUUGUUACCUAUUCUGACAUCGGACUCGGACUUCUUUUAAACUGAGUUUUACUGUACGUAUUGUUGUGUGUUUGUUUAUUCUACAUUGGCUAGAGGUAUAGGGGGAGGGUUGAGAUCUCACAAAACAUGUUUAACCCCGCCAUAUUUUUGCGCUUGUCCCAAGUCAGGAGCCUCUGGCCUUUGUUAAUCCUGUAUUUUUUUUUAAAUUUUAGUCCAGUUAUAUGUUUUGGAGUUUAGUGCGACGUCCAUUUUCACUGAACUAGUACAUAUUUUUGUUUAGAGGCCAGCUGAAGCCCGCUUCCGGGUGCGGGAUUUUCUUGCUGUGUUGAAGACCCAUUGUUGGCCCUUGGCUGUUUUCUACUUUGGUCGGGUUGUUGUCUCUUUGACACAUUCCCCAUUUCCAUUCUCAAUUAAUUUCAAUAUUGGUGCUACGAUGUAUGUAGAUAUUGAUAUCUGCGUGGUAUAAAGUUUAUUUUUAGAAUAGUUCAUUUAUUAUGAAAAAAAAAUAACUAAUGUCAAUGAUACCUGUUUCAGGUUAUGCUGUCUUUGUUUUCUUUUGUUCGUUCGCUUGUUUGUACGGGUUUUUUUUUUACAAGAACAAAAACACUCUUCAAGGGCAUACGAUACAAAAAGGAUCUUACGCCGAUUUUAACUUGAAAUUUUAACGUAAAAUCAAUGUUGAUAUAAGUCUUGAGAUAAGCAGAAAUCAAUAUAUCUCCAUGACUAACUUUUGGAGACAUUCCAGGUUUAAAUUUUGCAUGUUUUAUUUUCAAACAUAUAAUAUCUAUCUCAAUAUUUUUCACCCAAAAAAGUUAACUUUUAAAGGGACAGAUAUAUUUUCAUUCAAUUGUGUUUGGCAAAAUGUUCCUUACUUUAUAGACUUUUACAUAAAUCCCUCACAUAAACGAAGUGUAGGAUUAAAUUGUUAAACCAUAAAAUCAAUAAGUAAUAGAUCGUGGUUGACAAAUGUUUUUUCUAAUUCCAAAAAUUCUGUCGUUUAUUAUUUCUUGCAAUUUUAGUACAACACUCUUUAAGAAGCUCAUGAUCGAGUGCAAAAGAAAACAUGGGGGUCCAUUUCAAAUGUUAUUUUGGCAAAGAAAAAACAGAAAACCGAGAUUUCAAUAUGCUGGGGAUCCUUUUCCCUGUUUUUUGGCGCUAAAUAACGUCUAGAUGAAUUUUUAGUGCAACAUCGUUGUGCAGCUUUUCAUUCCGUUUAUCUAAACGAUGUACAAUUGAAUGUAAUGAACAAAUGUUUUGAUGAUAGAAAAGUAAACAGCCUUCAGUUGCCUCGAAUUGUAUGGCCCCGCAUAAGAUUUCACGUGCUCAGCCAUACACCAUAUACAAGAUGUUUGUAUUCCUUCAAAUAUUCACGCAACCGAAUAGAUGAUGUUAGUAAUUUUCCGAGAAUUGUUAAUGCUUAUCAUUACCACACUUUUGCGAUAGCAACGUAUUAAAGUUCGAAGAAUUAAUAAUUGCCUUUACACUAUAACGUAUGCCCUUAGAUAAAACAAGUUUGUCUGUAUUCCUUUUAUUCAUAGGGUGUAUUUUCUUGAAAUACAAAUUGUUCUUUUGUGUGAAAUAUAUUAUAUCAUUUUCUUAUGUCAAUUUUUGUCAUGACAUAGAAAAUAGUUUAUUUUAACUAACAUGACUUGAAAUUACUAUAUAUAACGUAUGCCCUUACAUAAAACAAGUUUGUCUGUUUUCGUUUUAAGCAUAGGGUAUAUUUUCUUGAAAUACAAAUUGUUCUUUUGUGUUAAAUAUAUUAUACCAUAUUUCUCGUGUCAAUUUUUGCCAUAACAUAGAACAUAGUUUAUUUUAACUAACAUGACUUGAAAUUACUAUACUAUAAGGUAUGCCCUUAGAUAAAACAAGUUUGUCUGUAUUCCUUUUAAUCAUAGGGUGUAUUUUCUUGAAAUACAAAUUGUUCUUUUGUGUAAAAUAUAUUAUACCAUAUUUCUCGUGUCAAUUUUUGUCAUAACAUAGAACAUAGUUUAUUUUAACUAACAUGACUUGAAAUUACUAUACUAUAACGUAUGCCCUUAGAUAAAACAAGUUUGUCUGUAUUCCUUUUAAUCAUAAGGUGUAUUUUCUUGAAAUACAAAUUGUUCUUUUGUGUAAAAUAUAUUAUACCAUAUUUCUUAUGUCAAUUUUUGCCAUAACAUAGAACAUAGUUUAUUUUAACUAACAUGACUUGAAAUGACUAUACUUUAACGUAUGCCCUUAGAUAAAACAAGUUUGUCUGUAUUCCUUUUAAUCAAAGGGUAUAUUUUCUUGAAAUACAAAUUGUCCUUUUGUGUUAAAUAUAUUAUACCAUAUUUCUCGUGUCAAUUUUUGCCAUAACAUAGAACAUAGUUUAUUUUAAUUAACACGACUUGAAAUUACUAUACUAUAACCAUUGAUAAUGUAUGCCCUUAGAUAAAACAAGUUUGUCUGUAUUCCUUUUAUUCAUAGGGUGUAUUUUCUUGAAAUACAAAUUGUUCUUUUGUGUAAAAUACAUUAUACCAUAUU